AUGGCAGAGUCCACGAAAGCACAAUCCCGCUCGAAGCCGCAGGAUACCGCUCGAUCCUUCACCCGCAUGGAAGAGCCUCCAUUGAGCCCGUCGAGCAGAAAGCGAGCCAGCACAUUACAGGCGAUCCCAGCGAUUCCCGAAGCCCGCGAUAUCAGCACAUCGCUGGUGGACGACGGCAAGGAGCAGACGACAGAUGUCUUUGAAAGACAUGACGAUGAUGAGGAUGAGCACGCAGAAGGGGAUGUCAGCAUUGCAGGACCCGAGCUACAUGUCCCGAGCACAUUUGACGAGCUACCGAUCGAGAUACGAAGCAUUGCAGAGCGCUUUCUCGAACGACUGUCUGCAAAGGUCCACCCUACGCCGUUUACAGCGGAAUCGUUGUCAGACUUGUUUCAAGAGUUUUAUGAGCAAGCUGCGGGACACAUAGCGACGCAUAUUGCAACCUUGUCCGCGAGACUGACACGGGAAACACCACGUGCGGGUUCAAAGGGCUCAGCUAAAGCUCGGGCUAGAGCCGGCUCAGGCUCGAAGAACGGCAAUGAUGAAGCGGGAGGUGGUGAAAUGUUGACGGUGAAGGAGGUGGCCGACAGGAAGAAGGCGAGACGAAUGCUUGAAGUGAAAAGACUGGCGUUGGAGGAAGCCGUGGAGAGAGGAGUCUGUGAGAAGGUUUACGAUAAGAUCUGGAAACAUCGAACCACGGACGAUGAUGCGAGAGAUGAGAAGCUGAGGUCAAGAACGGCUGCGCUGGCGUUGGUUGGAAUUGGAUUGAAAGAGCUUCAUAUGGAUCCGGACUCGGCGAAGUCAGAGACUGGCAAGACGGCGGAAGAGAAGGAGCAGGAAAUACACCAAUCGUUGUCGUCGGCAAGAGAGGCUCUUCAACGCAUGGACGAUGAACACUAUCCGCUGGGAAAGCUACAACAUCUUACGGCGGCUCACAAAAGUAUUGUCGAUACCUUGUCGCAGUCCUUUCCCACGUCUUCUUCGGCUGAUGAGAUUUUGCCGACCUUGAUCUACACGUUGAUCACUUCACCACCCGAAGGCAUCAACGUGGUGAGCAAUCUCAACUUCAUACAACGAUUCCGAGCGUCGACCAAAGUGGAUGGCGAGGCAGCGUACUGUUUGGUUAAUCUUGAGGCAGCGAUUUCGUUCUUGGAAACAGUCGAUCUAUCAUCAUUGCGGGCAGACGAAGCUCCCGAGGGCCCGCCCAAAAGUACAAGCGGCUCAUCAACACCGACGAUUGAAAAGACCGAGCAUGCAGUUCUCAUGCCGACUUUAUCAAGAACGCUGACGCCAGGAGUGUCGCCCAUUACAGCGACUGCCCACGAUCAAAGCUCGGCAAGAUCAGGCAACACGGUCAACCCACCUACUCCAACAUCGCCAAAUACGCCUUCCAGACCUCAACUUCAGCAACGACGUAUCUCAACGCUCGUCGCUGCACAGGCUAAGAACAUCGAAGCUGGCCGGGACAACUUCCUCAACGCAGCUGACAAAGUGUACGACUCCAUCAACGGGCAACUCGACAACAGUCUACAAUUCCUCUUCGGCCGCUUCAAAGAGCAAGUCGCCGCAUCGCCCGGUGGAGCAGGUUUCAUGGACGGCUCCGGUCGAGCAAGCGUCGAACUCCCCAAAACACUGGAGGAUGCUCGAAAGCUCGUCAACUCCCCUCCGAUGGGCUCCGAUGAGUUCGUAGACGAGGAAGGCGAGUCAGCAGACCGACUGAGCGUCAAGAGCGGCCUCAGCGGAGGCAGCGGCGCGAGCACUCCCGAUCCACUCCGCAAUGACAACAAAAUGCUCGAACUCCUCGGCGGGAAGAGAACUCGUGAGAGGAGUGCCGACAGUACGAGAUCAGGCGGCAGCGGCGGCACGAGACGAGUCACCUGGGAUACGAAGUCUUCUUCGACGGCCGCCACCAAGGAUGCGAAUUCUCAGCAAGGCAAUAUUUUCACCAGCGCGGCUAGUACCAUCAAUUCCAUCAACCCGCUCAAUCGCUUCGGUAUGCCUGGUUUCCCGCGUUUCGGUCGAGCGGGGAGUAUCAACUCGAGUUCGCAGCCUGGUGAGCGAGAUGGGGUGGAGAAACGAAAGGAGGCGUUGGCGACAUUGAAAAAGUGCAAGCCGCCGAGGAAGAGAUUUUUGGAAGUUGCGGACGCGGGGGAAUUGAGAUUGAAUGAGGUGGAGGAGUUGUUGAAGGAGUAUCGACGGUUGGCGAAGGCUGUGGGGGAGGCUCUUAGGGGGGCUUGA